AUGGCACCAAAAAUGUUACCAGUCUCUUUCACUGACCCCAGGAAACCCGAUGAGGAAAUCCGGAACAUUUGUGUUCAGGUGAGUUUAAGCCUAAUUUUUAAAAAAUGUCCUUCCUGGUUUGCAUUUACAUCAAUCUUUAUUUUAUUCACACAGAUGAAGCCUGAGGCGGAGAAAAAGACAGGGAAGGAUUAUAAGGUCUUUCAUGCGCUGGAGUACAGGUCUCAGGUUGUGGAGGGAGUCAACUAUCUCAUUAAGGUGAAAAAAAUGAUCUUUCUUUUUUUGAAGAGAAAAGAAACAUAAAAAUAGAGCUAUAUGUGGACUGAUGGAAUAUAUUUUGUAAUCAAUGUGACUCUGUAUAACACUGUCUCUGCAGGUUGAUAUAGGAGAAAAGGAUCACUGCCUUCAUCUGUUGGUUUACCAAGAUCUCUCAGGAAAAAACACACUGACGGGGGUGAAGGAGGCCAAAAUGGAUGAUCCCCUUGAACCUUUUAAUGUGAACACAGCCUGAUUCAGCUGCUCCAUGCUGCAGCCUCAUCACUACAGGCUCUGCUUCUUUAUCCUGAAAUGAUCAGACACAAAUUAUUCCUUUAC